UAAAAGACACACGAACUCUGCUGCGACAUCAGCUGAUUUCAAUCAAUGAAUAAAGUACGUACAGCCUGAUCCCUGAUGACGUUUCCCCUGUGUCAGGAGAGGGUAUUUUGUUUAGAAGAGAGCAGAAUAUUUCGAAGAAGGAAAAAACAAAUAACAUUGUCCUCGUGAAAUUUACUUCUCCAUUCGUUUGCUAUUUCUCCUAAUUUUAAAAUUCUUUUUUUCUUCUCAUCAACAACGUAUUAUGUUUCUUGUGAUUAAAUCCGGGUACAGAACACGUGCAACACAAGUGAUGAGAGUCGAUGUUUGAAAAUAAAAAUCUCGACGCAUUUUUCACCAUCGAUGAAGUGCAUAUGAAAACCUAACCUAACAUUUUUUUUUUUUGUUAUAUCGCGCGAGUUUGUGUUCCUGAUGGUUGUGAAGAAACGCGAAUUUUAAGACAAAUGUCAACAAAAAUCUAAAUGUGGUGUUUAAUGUGAACGUGAAAAGUUUGUUUUUUUUUCUUCUCGAGCGGGGGACGAAAAGAAAAAAAAGAAAAAGAAAAUGUCGUGGUUAAAACCAUUGGGUCGCUUUCAAUGGACCGAGGGUAUCAAGAAUACGGCCUGCAGGUAUCUUUUGCAGCGUUACCUGGGCCAAUUUCUUGAAGAGAAACUCACCCUCGAUCAACUUACUGUUAAUCUAUGCAAUGGCACUGGUUCUGUGACAAAUGUCAAACUCGACGUUCAGGCUCUAAAUGAGAUGGGCAAACAGCAGCAAUUACCGUUUCAAUUUAUUGACGGUUCAGUUGACGAAAUGUCAAUAAGCAUCCCGUGGCUGUCGUUGCUAACUGAGCCGAGUUACAUUGAAAUAAAAGGACUUAGAUUGACGAUACAGCCGAGAAAACGUGAAGACACGGGAACUUCUAUGUUUGAAUCAAUGUUGAGCUCAAUGAGUUCAAGUAUUCAACUCGCUCAAGAAUGUCUUCAAGAAGACGCUAAAGACGCUGGAAAUUCACAGCCACUCGAGAGUGUUGAACUUUUUGCACAAACAAUUGAUUCAAUUCUCUGCAAAAUAAAAGUAAGAUUUUUGAACACUGUGAUUCGAAUGGAACACAUGCCAUUGGGAUCGAGGACGGGAGUAGCCUUAGAGAUAAGAAUAAGAAAUUUAGAAUAUUCCGACGAAGCAGGUUCGGAUCCAAGCAAUGUGAAUUUAGAUCCAAAUCUCCAAUCAAAGGGCUACGUAAUUCAGGCAUUCAUGACGAAGAAAUUUUAUUUAGAAGGCGUGACAAUUUUUACUGAUGAAUUUCCAUCAACUGCAAGAACUUCAUCGCGUAGUCGUUGUUCAACGCCCGAUUCAAAGAAUUCCGAUGCACAAUAUUCGUCACCGCAAAUGUCGCCAAAUCAAAGUCCAGAUGCAAGUGGCGUUGAUAAUAGUGACGUAAAUAAUUCACCGACUGGUGUUAAAAGUCCAAUAAUAGUUGCUAAAAUUUCCGGACGACAGGAAUUGAGAUUGAAAGUAAAACAGGGUGAGGUGCCGGGACCUAAAGUUGAAUUGGAAAUGAUAUUGGGUUCGUUCACAACAUUUUUGAGUCCAAGACAAAUGCAUGUUUUAAUUGAACUUGCACAUGGACUUGCAACACCUGAUUUGGAGGAUGUUAGUAAUGUGCCAUUGAGAAAUUGCACGGAAAAACCAAUGAUGAACAGUGAUUUUAAUCGCGUUGAGCGAGAACUGCUUCAGAAGAUUCAACCACUUCAAGGUUUACGCUCCAUGGACCUAAGGCACACACAGGGUUGGUCAUCAACAACAGUAGAAUCAGACAACGAAGAUGAAUUCCUGCCAAUGCGUGCGCCAGGUGCUAAUUCAAUGUGCGACUCUCUCACCAGUAACAAUACCAGUAUGGACGGAAGUAUAACAACAUCUAGUAUCAGUUCAAAAAGUUCAAUGAACAAUCAACCCAAACAUCAAAAAUAUCGUCAAAGUAUAGACACCGAUUCGUCAGCGGAAACAUCGCAAUUUCACGUGAGAGUUUCCUCAAUUGCAAUGGUUCUUCUGCAUGAAGAUAUUCUAACUCUGUGCACUGAGGGUGUCGGUCUCACUAGAGCAAGUACCCGAGAAAUGGAGGCAAUGGCCGAGGAGUUCUUUAAAAAAAUGGAUUUCUUCAUAUCGGCUGGCUAUGGAAAUAAAGACUUUGAAAAGGCAUCGAAAAUGUUUAUCGACGCCUGUCAACUUAGUCAUAUAAGAAUUCUCGCUGCUCCAUUAGUGAUUGAGGCUAGUGAGAAAAAAACUGCUCAAUAUUCAUUAAUUUCCGGUAGUUUAAGUCUUGCAAGUUUAGAAAUUGUCGAAUCAUUAGUCAAUGCAAAUACAAAUUCCACGUGUCAAAGUCCACCUCUUACGGAAUUUAUUGAACUUCUCUCAUUUUUUAAGGACACAAAUAAUUUUGGUUUCUCAAAUACAACGGAUUUUCGAAUGUGUUUUAAGCAUACGGAAAAGGCAAUUAGACAUGGACAGAGCACAAAAUUUGCACAUCCAAGAACGGAAAUUGACAUUAAUUUGGGACCAAUUAGGAGUGAAAUUGAUGUUACGAUUGUCGAUCGAAUUUCCGCUGUUUUAAAUCCACAACCAAUUUGCACAUGUAAUUCAAGUUCAUCAACGAGGGAUACUUUGAAUCAGCAAUCUCUUUUUGAGAGUCCACAUUCACCGGAUUCAAGAACGGAUAUUAAAAUUUCAUCACCUCAUUGUGUCAUAAAACUCAGAUUUCCAAUUCCGGACAUGAGACCAUUACAUGACAUGAAUCGAGUACCUUGGUGGAAGCGUUCGGUGAGAGGUGACUAUGUGACAUUCAAUUUAAUCGAUACAAAAAUACAUUCAUCAAUGGAGAGUCGUUCGCGUUAUUUAUCGCGACAUGAAAUUCAAUGUCGACGAUUGCUGAUGACUUAUACUGAAGCCGAUUCCGAUGUACCGGUGGAAAUUGGAAAAGCUUCGGCUGAUGAAAAAUCCGAUGGCUCACUUCAAACUGACAAUACUGAAGGUUUCGGUUGGCCUAGAAUUGUUAUUACAAUUUAUCCGAAACAUUUGGGUGGUCCUUUAGAGGAUAGUUCAGAGGGUGAAGCCGAAUCGAGUUUGGAUGAUACUCUGGAAAAUUUGGAGAAUGCUUCGAGACACGCACCAUCGCCAUUUAGUUCGAAGCGAAUUGUUCAUGAAUCGGAUACUCCUCAUUCGAGAACGCAAGCACAGGGCGAACGAAGCGAAAGUGAUAACAGAGACGGAGAGGAAUUGAUUAUACCCGGAAGUAGGCAAGAGAUGCUCGAAUUCAUUGAGGAAGGUACUCGUGGAUCGAGAAUUCAACUUGAAAUCGGCCUACCAUCAACUUCGAUUCAAAUUCCAUCCAAACAUCUUUAUGAACUGUUGUACAAUCGUUUUAAUUCUGAUCUAUUAUUGUGGGAACCGUCAGCGCCAAGGCCAGUCUAUACAUCACCGGACACGCACAUUGGUCUCGAUUUUUCGCCAAAUCUCUUGCAGGAAUCAAUCUAUCCCAAAUUUAGCAUGUGUAAGAGUGGAAUCCAAUACGAUUCGGAAUCGGACUCAGAGGACGAGGGAAUAUUUUACUCGACGGCUGAGAAAAGUAUGAAAACAAAGCAAAUUCGAGUGUCGAAAAAUGGUCAGUCGAAAAUUGCACUAACAUUGAAUAUUAAUCACGGUCUCUUGAGUAUGUACACACCAGUGAGAGAUUCAAUGAGAAAUGUCAUACCUGGACAGCAGGGUGAAUUAAUUUUAAGAGUUGAGGAUGCGACACUAUUUUUUAUUACAUCAUAUAAAGGCGACAUUAAUUUGGGUUAUAUUUGUGCAAUGUCGAAAAAUAUUUCACUAAAUCAUUGUGGAUUGACGACAACGCCAUCGCAAACUCCACCAUUGAGAUCGAUUAAUUCCAUUAUUCCAAGGCAUUGUCUACAAACAAUAUACAGAAGUGAAUCGGGAACAAAUGUCACGUUAAAAUCAACUGAUAAAGAUAUGCUCGCUGUUGCUAUUCGUGUACAGGCUGCGCAUCAGACACACAAAAUUAAGACUUUUAGAGUUGCGGUUGGAAUAAGAAAUGCGACACUUAGGCAUCGAAUGAGUGCGACGCAAUCUUCAUGGUUUUCGCAAUUAACCGACUGUCUGGACGUCACUGAUCAUCCAAUUGCGGGUUAUUCACCUCCAGGUGUACUGACAGAAUUGCAUCUUCAUCUUUGGGAUUGUGCAGUUGCUUACAGACCUCUUCAUCUUCCAAUAAGAUCAGUGGUAACGCUAGGAAGUUUCAGUAUCUCCAGUAAUAUUGCAGCGCAAACAAAUACAUCGACUCUUCGAUUUAUCGCUGAAGACUUAGCUCUAUUCAUUUCCGAUAAACUUGGAAAUCACGUGGAUUUGAGAAGAGAUUUCGUUUGUGUUAUGGACCUCGGUCUCUUUGAACUAUCAUUGAGACUCAAUGAGAAAAUGUGCGGUGGUGCACCGAGAGUUGAUUUAAGAGCGAGUAACAAUUGUUUACAUGUGAGAACUUGCGCUGAUUCUGGUAGUGCUUUAAUGCAACUUUUAACAUAUUUCGCGAGUGACGGUGAUAUCGCUUCAAAUCUUGAUACAAGCGACACGAUCUCCGUACCUGGUUCUGGCGAUGAGGAAACUUUACUCGGUGAUGAGAGUGUCAAUAAUCUGAGUAAGAGUCAAGUCGAGAGGGUCAAUAGUCUUAUGGAAGAGGCAAUGGAGGAUACUGUUAAAGGAGCGGCUGUGAAAUCUUGUAAAAAAUCACCGGAAAUUGAAAAACAGGUGAAAGUCUUCUUUUUCCCUGGCGAAUCAAAUCCUCUAUUACAAAAUGAAAUGUCGCACACGGAAAGAAAAAUUGUUUCUCCACAAGAAACACAUAUGGAGGAGGAGGAAGAUCCCGAUGAGGAUUUUUGUAUUCUCGGCGAAGAGGCGGGUGUUGGAAUUCUGCCGCGACAUGGAGUUCCAGAAAUUCGUUGGCUUUGUCCUGAAUCAUUGCGCGUUAUCGACAAUCAUUUCUCAAUUCCAUUGGGAAAAGCUGACGUUCUUAAGGCACCAAAACAUUUUCCCCUUCCCGUUUUAAGGUACACACUGUGCGAAAUGAACCUCAUAUGGCAUAUGUACGGUGGAAAGGAUUUCGGAAAUCCUCAACCUCCUCCCAAGAAACAUGUCACAAUUGACGAGGUGGGUCAACGGUACAAUGCAAUGAAUCAAGGACGAAGUCGUUCAGUGAUUGGUGGCGUUGGAUACAAGAAGAAUUCAGCAAAUGAAGUUCGCUUUGGUAGUGUUCCAAAUUCACCUCGAGCAAGAGCUCGUGAAUCGCCAGCGGAAUGGUGGAGUCUCGGCGGUCCUGGAAGAGACGAGAAACUCCUCAUGGAACUUCAAUUGCACAAAGUUCGUUUUCAACAUGAAGUUUAUCCCGAGGAGACGACACAAGCCUCACGGCAAAUUUUGCUCAUCAACGAAAUUGAAAUUCGCGAUCGACUCGAUUCAUCGAAUAUAAAUAAAUUCCUCUAUCAGUAUAGCAGUGAGGAUAAACCGAGACAAUCGCACGCGAAUAUGUUUGAAAUGAAGGCAGUUCACAUACGUCCCGAUCCAAAACUCAGUACCCAGGAGUGUUGCCUAAAACUGAGUAUUCUACCACUUCAGCUGAACAUCGAUCAGGAUAGUUUACAUUUUCUCAUUGAUUUUUUCACCGAAUUGAGCGGAGGACCAAGUCAGGAUAAUGCGAAUGUGAAUAGUAAUACACAAUCUUCGCCGGGAUCGAAGCAAGGAACACCAACUCACCAUCCACCGGUGAUGAGUGUCAAUGACACUAAUGCAAAUACAAGAAGUAUGAAUUCAUCGCAGGAAAGCGAUACGGUCGUCGAUCAGAAUUUAAUGAUUCUACUGGAGGAUGAAUUGACAAUUAAGGAGAAUAAGCAGAAUACGAAAAUUAUAUCCGAAUCUCAGGAUGACAGUCAACCCACCUACUUCAGGAGUGUCGUAUUUGGACCUUCAGUGAACAUAAAAGUGGAUUAUCAAGCUAAACGAGUGGAUUUGAGUCGUGGACCGCUGGUUGGCAUUUUAAUGGGACUGACACAUUUGAACAAGUCGGAAUUAAGACUGAAGGAGUUGUCGAAUCGUCACGGAUUACUUGGUUUCGAUAAAUUAAUUACAUACUUGCUGCAGGAGUGGAUUCAGGACAUUAAAGAUCAUCAACUAAAGGGUCUUUUGGUCGGCGUGGGACCAAUGCACUCCUUAGUUCAACUAUUUCAAGGAAUUCGCGACUUGUUCUGGAUGCCAAUCGAGCAAUAUCAGAAGGAUGGAAGAAUUGUACGAGGUUUGCAGAGGGGUGCAAAUAGUUUCACGACUUCAACAGCAAUGGCUGCUUUAGAAUUGACAUCGCGAUUGGUCUACGCAAUUCAGAGUACCGCCGAGACGGCCUAUGACAUGGUCAGUCCUGGACCAAGUGUAAGGAGAAAAACACGCGGUCAAAAAGGACGCAGAAAAAGAUACAAUCAACCCUCGGAUAUUCGUGAGGGAAUGACGAAUGCCUAUAUGCUAGUUAAAGAGGGCUUGGGCGAGACGGCGAAUCAAUUAGUGCGAGUUGCGAGUGAGGAACAUGAGCACAAAGGAGUUUCCGGUGCGGUUGGAGGAGUUUUGAGACAAAUUCCGCCGACAGUCGUGAAACCAAUAAUCCUCGCGACAGAGGCGACAAGCAACGUUUUAGGUGGAAUACAAUCGCAAUUGGUGCCAGACGCAAGGAGAGAAGCUGUUCAAAAAUGGCGACAAGAUUCAUCAGACGUUAACUGAGAAAAAAAAUAUAUAUAUAAUAUACAUAAAACAAAAAUAAUUUUCAGAAAAAUAAUAAUUGAGACACAGUCAGAGAAAAGAAAAAGAAAAAAAACUCGCUAAUAUUUUUAUUUUAAAAGA